AUGGUACCCGAUGAAGUCUUGCUCCAUGGUUGGACCGCUGUCCCCGUGGACGCUGGCCAGCUCUUCGACGGCAACGUUUACAAGAAUACACCAACUCCGCUCAAGGUGGAUUGCAUCACGUUUCCUUCUGAUGACCCUAUUGUGGUCAAGGCCCAAGAGUAUGCAAAGAACAAGCUGGCUCCCGAAACAUUUAACCACUCCAUGAGGGUGUACUAUUACGCAACUGCUAUUAUCCGUCAACAGUUUCCCGAGCAUGUCGACACCUUCUCCCCAUCGACUCUCGCCCUGACGGCCCUUCUUCACGACAUUGGCACCGCCGAAGACAACAUGUCCGCAACCCGUAUGUCGUUUGAGUUCUAUGGCGGCUUCCAAGCCCUCAGGGUCUUGCAAGACUUUGGAUCUACGCAGGACCAAGCCGAUGCGGUCUGCGAAGCCAUCAUCCGCCACCAAGACCUUGGUACCGACGGCAACAUUACCUUUUUGGGACAGGUGAUGCAAUUGGCCACCAUCUAUGACAAUGUCAGCGACCACCCUCACUUGCCCGACAUCAAGGACCUUGUGCAUGUUGUAACCAGGGAGGAUGUCAUUGAUGCAUUUCCGAGAAAGGGAUGGCUUGGCUGCUUUGCGAAGACGGUGCAGAAGGAAGUUGGCCUCAAACCGUGGAGCCACACCACCCACAUCCCGCAGUUUGAUAAGAAGAUUCUGGGGAACACGUUAAUGAAGCCCUUGCAUGCAAGUCUGACCGUGCAGCCACUCGGUCAACUACCGAUUGAGUUCGUCGUCGGGAACAAGCGCGGCAUCGGCAUCAACCCUGGACGCCCUUCAUCCACGGGGUACCGCAGGGUCAACACGAUGGAUCCGUCGGCAAGCAACGCGACCAAUACAGCUCGACUGUCUACCGACUCGACCCGACCAGCUGAAGAUGCCGUCUUUGACUACCUGCCGUCCUCGCAGGAUGAGUAUGCCGCCAUAGAGAAGGAGUUGGCUGCGCCUCCCCCACAUCUCCAUCUGGCUAAUCGCAUCGGCAGCUAUCUCGAUCGCAAUGCAUUGCCCAAUGCGCGCAUCCAAGGAAUCGAAAACGACCUUAAUCUGCGAGAGAACCAGUUCAACAUCUGCAUCUCCGUCCUAUUCGCAGGCUAUCUGACUCUCCAAAUCCCUUCCAAUCUCAUCCUCACCAGAGUCAAGCCGAGCAUCUAUCUUCCCAUAUGCAUGGCCCUCUGGGGCAUCAUCUCGGCAUCCACAGCCGCCGUGCAUGAUUUCAAGGGACUCGUCAUAUGUCGUUUCUUUCUGGGGUUCCUCGAAGCCCCCUUCUUCCCUGGCGCACUUUUUCUGCUGUCUAGCUGGUACACGCCGCGGGAGCUGGCCACACGAACAGCAGUCAUGUACACGGGGAGCUUGCUCUCCAGCGCCUUUGGCGGCCUGAUUGGCGCUGGUGUGCAAUAUGGCCUUGAUGGUGCUCGGGGCCUGCAUGCAUGGCAGUGGAUGUUUGUCAUCGAGGGCACCACGACGGUAGCAGUGUCCCUGGCAUCUAUUUUCAUUCUUCCAGAUUUCCCCGCGACCACGGCGUGGCUGUCGAACCAGCAGAAGGCAGUUGCCAUUCACAGACUGCGCGUGCAUAGCGGGAGCGUUGACGAAGAAAAGGGCUCCGUGCUGCGAGGCCUCAAGAUGGCGCUUUUGGACUACAAGGUCUGGCUGCUGACGCUGAUCGUCAUUCUCAAGACGUCUGCUAGCGCCGUCACGGCCUUUAUUCCCACAUUGGUGGCCACAUUCAAGCUUGGCAAAAUCGAAUCGCUGCUCAUGACGGCUCCGCCGUAUGUAUUUGCCGCCGCCGUCGCCAUGGUAGUCUCCAUGUCGAGCGACAAGCUUGAGGAACGGUACUGGCACGUCGUUUGCCCGCUGGCGCUUGGCAUGGUUGGCUUCAUCAUUGCCGCGUGUACUCAUUCAUUGGCGCCAAGAUAUUUCUCUCUGUUCCUCAUGCUGGGUGGCGUAUACGGAUGUUUCGACAUUACGUAUGCCUGGUUGUCGUCCACUUUGCCCCGGCCUCUGGAGAAGCGCUCAGCAGCCUUCGCCAUCGCUAACAUGGUCGGCAACAUUGCCCAGGUUUACUCGCCCUACCUAUAUGAUAAAUCAACGGGGCCACAAUAUCUGCCUGCCAUGAUUUCCAACAGCGCUUUUGUAUUCGGAUCCAUAGUAGCUGCUACUGCGUUGCUCUUCUGCUUGAAAUGCGAAAAUCGGAAGCUUGACGAGGCCGAGGCCGUCAUUGAUGAGCAGCCGCGGCGAGAUGACGAUGCGCCGACGAAGAGCACCAGUAUUGUGGAGUCUAGGUUUGAAGGAACUGUAAAGUUGAAUAGAGGCUUUAGAUACAUGCUUUAG